GGAGGACAGCGAGGAGCGCAAGGGCCGCGGCAUCCACGUGCUGGUGCUGCACCAGGCCAGCGGCGCCGUCAUGGCCCAGCGGGUGUUCGACACGUACUCGCCGCACGAGGACGAGGCCAUGACGCUGUUCCUCAACAUGGUGUCCCCCGGGAGGAUCCUCGUCCUGGCCAUCAAGGAUGAGGGAACGUUCCAGAUGAAGAACGGCGGGCGGGACGCGCUGCGACGCCUGGGCAGCACGCACGCCCACGAGCUCGGGUGGCGAGACAUGUGGGCGAUGGUGGCCGUGAAGGGCGGCCGGGUGUACGGGGAGCAGCUCGCCCACAGCCCCGACUUCAACACGUGGGGAUCGGCCGUCAUGCUGAGGGCGGAGGUGCCCCUCGUGCCCUUCGAAGAGAGCGACUGCGGGUGGCCGGACACGGAGGAGCACCGCCGCCGGAGGGAGUUCUGCAGCCACAUCGAGGGCUACGGCUCCGUGUGCUCGUGCAGCGACCCCGCGCCCCUCGCCUUCACCACCGAGCCCCUCCUCAACAACCAGGUGCACGAUGUCCCCGUCGCGAUCAUCGCCAGCAACCGUCCACACUAUCUGUACAGAUCCCUCCGCUCGUUGUUAGCGGCCCCUGGAGUGAACCCCGACAUGAUAACCGUUUUUAUCGACGGCUAUUACGAAGAACCUCUCGCCGUGACCAAGCUUUUCGGCCUGAGGGGAAUCCAGCACACGCCGCUCGGGGUAAGGAACGCACGCAUCACCCAGCACUACAAGGCCUCCCUCACCGCCACCUUCAACAUCUUCCCGGCGGCUCGCUAUGCCAUCAUCCUUGAAGAAGACCUCGACGUUUCUCCGGACUUCUUCAGUUACUUCAGUCAAACCCUAAGACUUUUAGAAGAGGACCCCACAGUGUACUGCGUCAGCGCCUGGAAUGACCAAGGCUACGAACACACCAGCAGUGACCCGGCGCUCCUGUACCGGGUGGAGACCAUGCCCGGCCUCGGCUGGAUUCUCAAGAGGUCGCUCUACAAGGACGAGCUGGAGUCGAAGUGGCCGACGCCGGAGAAGAUGUGGGACUGGGACAUGUGGAUGCGACUGGGCGAGGUCCGACGAGGCCGCGAGUGCAUCGUGCCGGACGUGUCUCGGACCUACCACUUCGGUUCCUCGGGCCUCAACAUGAACUCGUACUUCCAAGACACUUAUUUCAAGAAACACUCGUUCAACACUCUGCCCUACGUCGAAUUGCGGGAUCUCGACACCUUGAAGAAGGAUGCUUACGAAGAAUUGAUCACAGGGAUGUUGCGUAGGGGAACAGUCCUAGAUCAUUCCCGAAGUCCUUGCGAGGAUACCUUCAUUCCAGACACCACAGGCCACACCUACCUGCUGUUCAUCCACAUGGAGCACCACAAAGAUUAUUCCACUUGGUUGCAGGUCGCCAAGUGUCUUCGAAUUUGGGACCUUGACAGCAGGGGAUAUCACCAUGGCAUGUGGAGGCUUAAUAUGAAAUCCAAUCCCCUGUUGAUUAUUGGCGUGCCUUUCUCCCAGUAUUCAAAAUUCAAGCCCCCUGAUUUGAAACCUCUGCGCAUGGAAGCAAAGGACAAGGGAAAGGAUCAGGGGAAGCCAAAGGAGAAAAACGUCAGCCAAAGAUAACAAUUUGCCUUGGUGGUUCUGGAACCAAAAUAUGCUGUGAUGUACGAUUUGGUCGUGAUGUGGCGUGAGAGAGAGAGGGACUCUAGUGAUUCUGUGAAUCUGAGGAACAUGAAGAGGAAUGGAUAAGCAAACCUAGCAUGGACAGAUGUACUUUGAUGAAGGAUGCUAAGCUCCGCCAAAUGUGAUGACUAGACUAAUCAUCGACACUGUGUGAGAUAUUUGUAGAUACAUUUAUGCCAUAUGUGAAAUGGCGUCGAACUGCAAGUGACAUUGAACUUCUGUGUAAUGAAGCAGCUGGCUGUGCACACAUUAAUGCUCUAGACAUAGUUAUUAGUGACUGCCUUAUUAAUGCCCCAAUAAGACAUCAUCACCCAAUAUAUACAGAGCCUCAGACUUGGAAAAAGUGUGAAACUUCAGCCACUUUUUUGAAAGUUGGUUGUGGACCCUUUUUCUGUUCUUUAAUAGCAGUGACUUAACAGUUCAUUUUUCAUAUAUUCAGAAAUAUUUUGAAAAUGGCAUUUAGCUUAUAAAAGUUUCCUUUUUUAUUUCGACAAGUAUUAGAGGUAUCAUAAAAAUCCAUUACCAUGUGGAGCCUUAAAAUCUGUAUUUUGUUUCAUAAAAUUCAAGUCUUAUGAUACCUUAUUUCAAGUUGUUAAGGUCUUCCAGAAGUUGGAAUAUGUGUUAAAUAUUUCAUGUAAAUCUACACAUUGCAGUGAAUCAGGUUUAAGAACGUGUUUGUUGUGCAAACCAAAGUUGUAUAUGAUGUUCUAUACCUUGUUAAAGUGCAUCUUAUGUAAUCUCCAUAUCCACUGUUAAAAAGAAUACAUUAUAAAAAAGACUUACAAAAAAUAUGUAUGUAGGAGAGACUAAUGAAUGUUUCUAUAUUCUUAUCUGUCUUUGACCUGCUUUGAAGCUGGAGAACAUACCUGUAUGUACUGUGUAAAGCAGUAUCUAGCUCAUUCCUUCAUGUAGAGGGAGGACCAAAUGUUGAAUGUCUGUGUAGAAAUUUUUCUUUCAAGAUAUAGUGAAUGAGCUUAGUAAAUAGCUGUGUAUAGUGCUGCAACUUCUGUAUAAAAAAAAAAAAUACGACCACAACAUAGUAUUAAUAUAUAGAUUGGUUUAUGUAUUUUCUUGUAUAUUUCCUCCUCUUAGAGGAAUAGAUGUAGAUAACUAGUGAAUUAUUUUCUUUAUUUUCCAAUAUGAUUGUGAAUAGGUGCAUCUCAGCAUAUACAAUUAGUUGCUUUGGAUGUAAAAUCACAUGUAUUAAUUCUGUAGUGUUUGAGUGUUGUGGUUGCAUGGUGCUGUUGUAGGUGAGGGACUGAGGGUGCUGAACCAGUUUGAAAGUGAUGGGAGUGUGGGUGUGAUGGUCUUUGAUUUGCUUUUGUGUCUGGACUUUGGUAUGAGUUCACGUUGGUUUAGUUCUGGCACGUGAGGUAGAUCUUUUUGUCAAACUGUCCUGGUAACCAAACUGGAUGCAUUUGGCAUGUAUAUAGAAAUGAUUUGAUAAUGUGUAUAUAUAUAUGUUAUGUAUUAUAUACAUUAUAUAUAUAAUAUACAUAUAUGUAAUAUAUAGUUAUAAUUAUACAUAUGUAUAUGUAUAUGUAUGCAUACGUGUAUGUAUUUAUAUAUUACUAGUUCAAGAAAUAACAUUGAAGUGUUGCUUGUAGUGUAUUGUGAAGCAGAUUACUGUAAUGCUACAGGAUCAAGUUUGUACAUUUUCCUUCCUUUUAUAUAUUUGUUUAUUUUUUAAAAAAUGAAGAAAACUUUCUUAUUUAAAAAAGAAACUGUUUUCUUCAUGUUGCUGGUUAUUGAGUAGUACAUUGCUUUAUGAACAUGCAUAUAUAAAGAAUGCUCAAGGUUACUCCACAACUGAAAGACAACAGUAACAUUACAUCAUAAAUAGUAUGGAUAUGGUUGUGAAAGAAAAUAAUUGGUGUAUCUUUAGAUACAGGAUGUGAAGCUUGUUAUUUUUAACUUGAUUGUGCAAAAUUACGUAUAAUAAUGUUUAAUCAAAGAUCCAGGCACUGCAUCUUACAAGAUAAACUUCCAUCAACAGAGAAAACUUCACUUUCAGUAAUGUUAUUUUUAAAAUAUAUAUAUUUUCACAAAUCUUUUAUUCUUACAGUAUUCCGAAAUGCUGUUGUUGUGGUAAAGGACAAGAGUUUCAGCAGGAAGGCAUAUGAAUAUUACAAAAUGUAAUGAAAGCGAUAUUAGAUCAAGCUGUAAAGUCAAUCAACUCUUACCACAGUUUCCCUUGCAGUUACAUCCUGAUUGUUUUUGUAGCCUUAGAUGGAAUACAUGAUUCUAAAACGUUUUAUGGUGCUCAUUUAAUCUGGUGAAUAGAUAAGGAAAACUAGUCUGGUGGAAAUUUUAAUUACAUGAUUCCCAUUCCAUCUAUUCUAAAGGCUGCAGUGUUUGGAAUCGUAAAGCGAUUCACUACUCAUAAUAUUCCCAUGCUGGAAAAUCAUAUGUUUUAAGUAUGAUUUUCUGAGAAUGACACCAUAAUGAUCUGGUCAUUGUUUUUAUAAUUUUUAAAAAAUGUCUUAUGUUUUUGUGUGAAAGGUUCACAUACAUACUUUAAUGCUGCAUAUUAGAUAUGCAAUGAGAGGUUGAUGUUGUGCCUAUAUCUGCUAUCUAGGUUAAAUAACACAUGAGAUACUGUAUACAUAUAUUAACCAAGGUAUUCAUAUUCUGUGUGAGAGAACUGGAUUUAUAAUGUUGUUUUUUAAGGCAAGAUCGCAAUUAUGUGCUGUGCUUGCCUCUGUCAAAAUAUUCCCUCUUCUCUUUCUGUUUCUUGCCUCACUUAAUCCUUCUUUCAACUCUUUUCAGUGGUAUUUGUCUGAAUUUUUUUUUUUUUGUAACCCUCAUGCAGUACUGUUGCAUUACAUCAGUUGUUCAUACUUUCAUGUGUUUUCAUGUGAAUGUUUCAGGAAUGUGAGUCUAAUUAUCCAAUUCAUUAGAAAAAUGAAAUGUAUGUCCAUUAUUGUGGUUAUGUGUGUUCAGUGUACAUAGCUUUUCUGUGGAUAAAUUUGCCUCUGCAAUUGUUGUAAUGCAAGCUGAUGGAUGAUAACAGGCUUUACAUGUUACUCUUGAUUAUGACACUUGCAUCUUCCAGGCCAUUUGCAAGUAGUCAAGGCAGUGAUACUUCUAGAGCCAUUAGGGAUUUGAUAGUUUUGAUUUAAGUUACAAUUAAUGAAAUAUAUUUUGAGUAUAAUAAAAUACAGCCAUCAUUCCAAGUAAGGAUAUUUUCAGUAGUUUUCUAUGAAGUGGGAAGCUGCCAAAUGCAUAUUUACAUUACUUUUUAAGUGUGUCCAGUAUAAAAUCAGUGUGGUUGCUGUCAUAAAAAUAAGUAAUUAUUUCUGUAAAGUGUGUGUUUUACUACAAGGACUGAAUACAAUAGAUCAGUGACUAAAGUCACAUAUUCCUUCAAUAUUUGUGUACUAUAUAUUGUAUGUUUCUUCAUAGUUGACUGUACAAAUGGUGUUAAGGUCAUGCAUUAUUUAUAUAUUUGAUCUUGCAUGAUUUAUAAUGGUUGCAGUGAUUCCAAUUCAAGUUUAGUGUGAUGUACUUGUAAAUCCAUACAUUUGAAUUUAGGUACAUCUUUACAUUGUGAUUAAUUGAUAUUUCACAAAAGGUUUUCAUAAGAAUUACAAUUUUCUGUAGUAUAUUUUACAAAUUUAAAUAUCUUUUAGAACAUAUUGGAAACAAAACAGCAUUUAACAUGAAGAAGUUCAUUUCUUUAUCAAAAUACAGUCCACACAUUCUUUAAAAUAAUAUAAGAUGUUUCCACAUGAUUGAACAAUGCCUUCAUCAGACAAAUUUUGUAUGCCUGUAACUUGCCCUCAUGAACAAGUCUAUGAGUGGCCAAACAUGACUUGCAAUAUCCAGCAUUACCAUAGGUGGAUAAGUGCAGUAGAGCCACUGUCUGGUGAUUUUGGUCUACUUAAAGGCACGGCUAUUCUACUGGUUUGCUUUCCAAAGGUGUCUGAUGGGCAUUGCUAAUCUUACCCUCUGGGUUUGCCAACCGUGUGGAUAUGUCCUUAUACCAAACAACAGUAUUCAACUUUAUUAAAUCCAGCUUGGUUUGAAUCCUUUUUUUAAAUGCAAUUAUUUCUAAAAUUUACAUGCAUUUAUCAAGGUGUUACUUGAAACCGUGUCAUAAUAUGAGGGAAAAGGAAAUAAAAGUAACCCAAAUGGCUGUAUUUAUUUAUUUUAUUUUGUAUAUUUUUUUUUUUAAUCAGCAGAAAAUGUCAGUAACCCUCACAUCUUGCACCUAAUUUUCAAAUAUACCGCCCAGGUAGACUAGGUUGACUGAAAGUGAUAUUUAUCCCUUAUCUUCACAAGAUUUUGAGCUUCCAAGAGAAAAGGUUUAGUGUUGUGGCAAAUCCAGAAAUGCUUUUGAUGAACAGACAAGUUUUUUAUUUUUAUUUUUUCUUGUGUGCUAAUGGUUUUCUUUAAAAUCAUAUUCAAGCAGAGAAAGAAUGUACAACUUGUCAGAUAUAUAUGAAUAAAUAUUCUUUUGUA